AUGGGUCGCGUCCGAACCAAGACCGUCAAGAAGUCCGCCAAGGUCAUCAUUGAGCGCUACUACCCCAAGCUCUCUCUGGACUUUGAGACCAACAAGAGGAUCUGCGAUGAGAUUGCCAUCAUUGCGUCCAAGAGGCUGAGGAACAAGAUUGCCGGAUACACCACUCACUUGAUGAAGCGUAUCCAGCGUGGUCCUGUCCGUGGUAUCUCGUUCAAGCUCCAGGAAGAGGAGCGUGAGCGAAAGGACCAAUACGUCCCCGAGAUCUCUGCCCUCGACUUUACUCAGAACAGCGAGUCUGGCUCGCUCGACGUCGACCAGGAGACCAAGGACCUGCUCAAGAGCAUGGGCUUCGACAGCAUCCCCACCAACGUCAUCGCCGUCUCCCAGCAACAAGUUGUCGAGCGCCCUCGUCGCUUCAACGACCGCCCCGGCCGCUCGUAA